AUGAAUGGAAAACAAUAUGGCGGGAUGUUUUAGCAAAGCAAAGAGUGGAAAAUGAUUGUGCAAACCCAGACGACAUUAGUUUACUAGAAAUGUCGUGACAGUGAUUUUACCAACAGUGCAAACGUGCCAAACCAUUACCAAGAUGUGUGAUAUCUGUUCAGAAUUGCUCUUUAUGCUGGAAAGCUACGAAGAAAGAUGUCAGGUUGGUGGCUUCCAGAUGAGCAAGAAGGACAUUAUGUCCUUUGUGAAUUUUGUUUGUGUUUGGCCACAAAGACAAUGUAUGUGUUGCUUCAAAAAUUCGAAAAAUUUCGAAAAACUGAACAACAUGGUGCAGUUGAUAUUGAGUGUAGCUAUCCGAGUGAUUCAGACAUUACCUGAAGAUUUCCAGCAAGAACAGCAGCGACAGAAAGACAAAGAAGCUGCUCAGACUGAGGAGAAAAGUUUAGACUCAAAAGAGAAAGAGGAGAAAGAUUCAGAGAAGAAAGAAGGAAAACAGGAGAAAGAAGAGAAAAGUAUGGAUACUGAUGAAGAUGAUGAAUCAGAAGAUCCAGAGAAAUGGAGCAUGGAGGAAAAAGAGAAAUUACUUCAUUCUGUAACGAAAAUCUUUCUGAUGAACUUCCCAUCCUACAUAGCUUACAAACAUGUUGUUCAUCCAUCUCGUGAGGACCAUUCACAGCAAGAAAUUAGUGCUUUGAAUAGUUACUGUGAAAUAUCAGAUCCUGAGGUUCCGCUGUUCCUGCUUCAGAAUGUGUGCUAUUUCUGUGAUAGUAAUGGCAUUGGUGCUCUGCGUCAGUGUUUUGAAAAAGGAACUCCGGACACACUGCCUUUUACAUUUGCUCAUAUACUCAUCACCCUUAUCGCAAAUUUACGCUUAUGGAUGAAUAUUCCGACUGUGAUGCAAUACAUAAUACCCCUGAGGACGGCUGUAAUAAGAUAUAUGUGUAAGCUAUCUGACAAGGACUUGCGGAUGGCAGGAAAUCGUAAUAUGACAGACCUGAUGUGGGCGGCAGUCAAGGAGCCCCUGGAGGCCCACUUCACCUUUGACAAGGAGGGACUUGACCUGGCCUUUAAGUACUUCACCUGCUCCACCCUUACCAUUAGGCUGGCUGGGAUAGCCCAGAUAAAUAAUCAAAUUAACUUGUACAAUGAGAGUUGUAAUAAUGAGACACUACUUGAUGCUGACAGAGUUGGCCAUCAUUUGUCUCAGUGGUUGUUAGAUAACAAGAUUAUAGAACAUAUAUUUGGACCAAAUCUACAUGUAGAGCUCAUAAAACAGAGCCAGUUGAUCUUGAAUUUAUUAGCAAUGGAAGGCAAGAUCACCAGUGAGCACAUUGACUGUGUUUGGGCUUCUAGUCAGUUGAAGCAUUGUAGUAAACAAGUGUAUGACAUCCUGAUCCCACUGAUCAAGAAUCUUGAUGUCCAUCCGGUGCAGCAUCUACUCAGACUUGUGUCCGCACUGGAACCCACCUCACACACAGAAUCUACGUUGUACCUUGCCUCUGCCCUGAUCAAGUGUAUUUGGAACACGUGUGUAGCGUCCCAGACCUCUGUGUCACAGCACCACGCCCACGCACAGGCCCAGUACACUGCUCUACAGCAGGAUGAGGACAUGCACGAAGGUGAAGGGAAAGCUGGCAAGCACGAGAUGAGUAGUAGUGAGAGUAUCCAGAUGUCUGAGGAUGGAGAGAGUGAAAAGUGCUGUAACAAGCCUAAAUUACAAUCCCAGAAAAGAGGAAGUCCCGCUAAAAAGACGCCAAGGAGUAAAGACCAAAUCCAGAAGGUCAAAGACAGUCAGCAUGAAAAACACAUGGACGAUGUGGACUCUGAGGGUCUACAUGGUCACAGUGGUGACAGCGAACUUGAUCACAGUGGUGAGUCAGAUGACCACAGGCAUGUUCAUCGUCAUCCAAUUCGCCAUCCCCGGCGUGAUAGUGAGGCGAGUGACAGUGAGAUUGAUGGCAGCGAGUCUAGUGAGGAUGAGGAACUAGAGGAAGGAGAGGUGGCUGAUAGCAGGCACCGCCAACAAUUGCUCCAGGCCCACCGCCGGGCCGUAGCCAAGUACCACUGCAACCACCACCACGCACACCACCAUGACACGUCAGAGGAAGAAGAGGAAGAGGAGGAGGAAGAUGACUCAGAAUACCUAGAGGACUCUGAAGAUGAGGAACUUCUAAAGGAAGCCAAACUGGUUCACAUGAAGCAUACUUGUCAGGACAGUGAGGGAAGUUCCGAUUUUGAGGAUGAGGCUCGGAUGGUCCAUGAGGGGAAAAUGUCAUACCAAAUGGCCCAGAGGAUUCUCAGGAAACACCACCAACAGCAGCAGAGAAUACUACACCAGGCACACCAGCUGGCCCUCCAGAGUCAACAGAAGGUCAGGAGGCGAGGUGAACGACCCAAGGAUCAAGGGCAGAGGAAGGUGAAGUCAGGUGAAGAUCAACCAGAGGCCAGUGAGGAAGAUAAGGGGGAGGACAAAGAUGCUAGUCAGGAGCUUGUCAAACAGGAGGACCUUGCUAACACCUCCCUGGAGUCCAUUGAGUCCGAUGUGGCCAUGCACGGUGGGAGUCAGGACAGUGGACUGGAGCAGGCUGAGGGAGGCCACUCCCCUGGAGGUCUCACCCCAGGACAAGAGACUGAGAUAUUUGACUGUUCCUCAUUCAUACAGCAAGUGGGAGUACAGCGCCAGAGGCAGAGACACAUACAGGGCCGAGAGUACAUCGAGAACAUCAUGAGUCCUGACGAUGGUGAGGGCAGCUGUCAUAGUUCACACAUCAGCACCAAAUCAGAGAAGAACAUGGCUGACUUUGAGGGCGAGGACUUCAUCAGUGACGAAGAACUGGCUCAGAUCGAUGCCAGCCGCUCCUUCAAUCCUCACCAGAUGCAGCAACACCUGUCCAGUCUGGCCUCCAUGUACCACACACACAUGCCACACGUGAUCCACCACCGCCCCCAGCAAAAAGAGAUGUUCCCUUGCCACCCUUCCGACUUCCCAUUUGAUGAUGUGUGUGGUAAAGGAAACACAUUGCUGUGGGAUCUGGUCCAGGAGGAAACAGCACAUAUGUUACCGGAGGGUCUAGCCAUGGAGGCAGAGAAAGCACUGUGUACCCUGGUAUGCUAUUCUACAGACAGGAAAAUCAAGAUGAAGUUUAUUGAAGCCUCCAUAGAAAAUCUCUCCCAAAACAAAUCUGUUGUGGUAUCUCUUCGGCUCCUGCAAAAAAUAUUCAGUUCCUUUCAACCAUACAGGAGUGGUGCAGAUACACACCAUGUCACCAUGUGGGCUGAAAAGGAGCUGCAUAUGAUGAGUCACUUCUUCAUCAACCUAGUGUACUACACAGAGGCGAUACAGGCAGGCAACACCGCCAUCACAGCAAUGUACUGCCACAAAGAACAGGUGCAAGUGAGACUUGAUUUCUUGACGUGUGUAUUUUCGGCUAUGGGAUCUCCAGAUGGAUUUAGGUUGAACUUGGAGCAAGUAGACACGCUGUGGCGCUGUAUAGCUUUGGACAUAGAGUGCUCUGAUGAGUGUCUCAAGUGGUUCCUCAACCAGGCAAAGAGUAAAGACCACCACGCUAUGGGCCUGGAAACAUUUAAACACAUCUUCUUGGAAAAGAUGCCUCAACUGAAGCCGGAAUCCAUGAGUAUGAUUGGGCUCAACCUGUUCCAACAGUUAUCACACCUGACUAGGAUUGCCAAUGCAUCCCUCGAUAAAUCCCUUACAGAAGAUCAGGUCUGUGGUAUGGACCAGCUGUGGAAUAUGGCCCUUAAGGCCACCAACACGGAUGUCAGUAUUACAGCCAUACAGAUCCUCAACAGUUACUACAUCAACUACGGCAACAGUCAGCUGGAGAAAGAGGAGGAGUUUGUACAGCGCUGUAUGGACAGCCUUGUCCAGGCUCUGUCAGAUCUCAACCAGAAUCCAGAUACCAAUUUACUAGUCAUUCAAAGAGGUUUGGUGCUAUUGAAAAACCACCUGGAAGCGUUCAGGAAACGGUAUGCCUACCAUUUACGUAACUGGCAGAUAGAUGGGAAGGGAAUCCGCAGUCAUCAGCGUUCCAUCCACGACAAACAAUCAUCUAUGAUGAGAGUUAUUCUACAGCCUGCAGGCAUGACUGACAAGACCCAGUUAGAGAUGUCAUCAACAGACCUGGUGGCAGAGCUACGUGCAGAGGUGACACGGUGGUGGGAGGGGCUACACAAACAACAGCUGGCCCGACACCAGGCAGAGGGUGCCCACAGCAGCACCAUGCUCUCGCCGAUACUUGGUGCCAUGCUGGGUGAUGGCCCUAUUCGUAUGAUCACCCUUGGACAAGAUCUUACAGUAGACAUGGACGAGAAAUCACUUGGAGAUAUGCAGUUCAAAGACAUGCAGCUGGUGUUUGUAUCAGUGGGUGCCAGUAGACCUCAGCGUAAGAUGGACGGCAGUAUCCCCUCCUCCUGUCUGCCAGCACCCUCCCACAGCAAGCUUCCAGUGAUGCUGAUGAUACAGGAGCCCCACUUUAGCAAGCUCUUUACACUACUCGAGAGACUUGGCAAGUUGGACUUCACAUCAACAGAGAUGGAGAGUCAGGAGAGAUGGGGCCUACAGACCAAGGCCCGUGUCUUGUCUAGGAAGGUGUGGGAACUCCUCAUGCUACUUCCAACCAACCAGAGUAUGCUGGAGGGCUUCAAUAGUAUUGUCUCUGAGGAGAGUACUGAGAAGGCAGACCACUGGGACACACUGCUAGCCCCCAACGCUCCACACAAACUCAUGUACUCUCUCCAGAUCGUGGAAGCCCUCUCCCGUACACCCCGACAUCGCAGAAAGUUCUCUAUGAGAACAGGUGCUGGAGACUCGAGAGCCAUGAGUGUAGAUUCUGAGAUGGACACCGACAGCAGUGAGGAGAUCUGGAGCCAGAAGUUUAUAACAAAGGGAGGUUUGAAGCAUUUACUGAGCAUUUUUAAGUCUGGAGUUCUACAAGCUAAAGAGGAUGAAGCAUGGAGUCAGUGGAACCAGGAGUGUCUAGCCUACCUGCUCAGACUGAUCAGCCAGUUCUCUGUGGAAUUGUCAGAUGCAGAAGCUGGUCACGAUGAUGUGUUUGAGUCGUAUGAAAGUCCCAGGAAAAAGAUGAAGCGCCACAAAGGCAGUAGUGAGAAGAUCAUUAUACCUAGGCUUAACCAGUCAACAUUGUCCAUGCUGAACAUUGAGUCUAUCCUGAAGAUCCUCAUGCAGAUUCUAUAUGAUGCAGCCUUCCCCAGCGACACCAACCCCGUCAACACAGGGACAUGGGGCAGGGCAGAAGUGGUACACUACUCCUGGUUGUUCCUUGUGUCCUGGGCCUACUCCAGUGAAGAAGUCAAACAUGCCCUGUGUUCAGCUCAGAACUUUGUUUCAUGGCUUCGCAGGCUUACACUAGAUGCACCAGAGCCGUUUGUGAGACGUGAGGCAUGCAUGGGUCUGUACCGCCUGUGUCUGGGUCGUACUGCAGACAGUAAGACUGGCUACACUCUCCUCAUGCCCAUGUUAACUAGUCUCCUCAGCUUCCUCAAUGAGGCCCUUACCAUCAAACCUCAGCGCAACUUUGAUUUGGAUGGGCUGAAGGAGAAGGAACCCCAGGGACCGGGCUGUCGGGAUUACUUCUGGCUGGUGUGUCGAUUUGUUGACAGCAUCUCUAAGGAGGAUGCAAAGUCUGACAAGGAUGAGAUUGUAAACAUCAACAACCUUGCGAAGGACGUGUCAAACCACAUCAUUGAGCGACAAUACCUAGAGACCAGACAGGGGUUUGAGGAGGACGAUGGAGUCAUAGGACUGCUCAACUUAAUGACUGCCAUCAUCAAACACAACCCCACAUACAAACCUUCACCAGAGGGACAGAGUUUCCUGGAGGAGGUGUUCUGGUUGCUGUUUGCACUUCCUUCUCCCAGUAAGAGAUAUCUUCCCAAGUGUAAGAGCCAGACAAGUCGCUCCUCAGCCUACGAUCUCCUGGUGGAGUUUGUCAAAGGCAGUGUUGACAACUUUGGAAUACUUCACAAACUUAUGAUGAAGCAACACACUAAAGAUGCCCAUACACCCUACCCCUGGGACUACUGGCCACACGAAGAUGGGCGGUCUAAGUGUGGAUAUGUAGGGCUGACCAACCUGGGGGCCACAUGUUACAUGGCCACCUGUAUGCAGCACCUGUACAUGUUACCACAGGCACGCCAGUCCGUAUUACAGGCCAAUUGUUCAAAACAUAACAAGUAUGAAGGUACCAUGUCGGAGCUGAAGAAGAUGUUUGCAUAUCUACAGGAGAGUGAAAGAAAAGCAUACAACCCUCGGAGCUUCUGUAAGACCUACACCAUGGACAAACAGCCUCUUAACACAGGGGAACAGAAAGACAUGACCGAGUUCUUCACCGACCUCAUCAGUAAAUUGGAGGAUAUGUCGCCAGAAAUGCACAAGCUAGUGAAGAGCCUGUUUGGGGGUAUUCUGACAAACAACGUGGUGUCUCUGGAUUGUCCCCAUGUGAGUCGGACCCUGGAAGAAUUCUACACAGUCAGAUGUCAGGUCACAGACAUGAAAAACCUCUACGAAUCGCUGGAUGAGGUGACGGUAAAGGAUAUGCUAGAAGGAGACAAUAUGUAUACCUGCUCAAAGUGCCAGAAGAAAGUGCGUGCUGAGAAACGGGCAUGUUUCAAGAGGUUACCGAGGAUCCUGUGCUUCAACACCAUGCGGUAUACGUUUAAUAUGGUAACCAUGAUGAAGGAGAAAGUGAACACCCACUUCUCAUUCCCCUUGUGUUUGGACAUGUCUCAGUACAUGGAGAAAACUCUCAUGGGACCAGACAAACUCAAAGUGGAUGAUGAUGAGGAUGAGCGACUACAGAUGCUGGAGAUGGAGGAUGAUGAAGAUGAAGGCUAUGAUUACGAGCUGACAGGUGUGACUGUUCACACAGGGACAGCUGAUGGGGGCCAUUAUUACAGCUUCAUACGUGACCGAAUGCACACAACUGACAACGGCCAGGAUAAAUGGUACCUGUUCAAUGAUGCAGAGGUGAAGCCAUUUGAUCCAAGUCAGAUUGCUACAGAGUGCUUUGGGGGAGAGAUGACGAGUAAAACUUAUGAUUCAGUGACCGACAAGUUCAUGGAUUUUUCAUUUGAAAAGACAAAUAGUGCUUACAUGCUGUUCUAUGAGAGAUGUCCAGCAAAGAAAGACACUGAGGAGCCGAAUAAGUUGUUAGAGGUUGAACCCGUCCAAAAGUUCAAUUUUGAACUGUCAAAAGAAUUGGCUGAGUGGAUUUGGCAGGACAACAUGCAUUUUCUCCAAGACAAGAACAUAUUUGAACACACCUACUUUGGGUUUAUCUGGCAGAUCUGUGGAUACAUCCCUACAACUCUGUCUAAAGAUCCCCAGCUACAGGUGUCCCUCAGAGCCUCACAGCUUAGCACUUCCUUUGUCCUCGAGACCCUUAUACAUGCCAAGGAAAAGCCGACCAUGCUGCAGUGGAUAGAGCUACUGACCAAACAGUUUAACACAUGUCCUUCAGCGUGUGAGUGGUUCCUCGACCACAUGGCCGAGAGUGACUGGUGGCCGAUACAGAUCCUCAUCAAGUGUCCAAACCAGAUGGUCAGACAGAUGUUCCAGCGACUGUUGAUACAUGUGAUCUCCCAGUUACGGUCAGCUCACAUGGACUUGUACCUACAGCCGUUCAUUGAGGGUGACGACGGUGAGAUAGAUGUAUCAGAGUUGGGCACCAAGUCCUGUGUGACCAGGUUCAUCAAGAAGAUGCUGACAAUUAUUGAGCAUGGUGUGCGUCCCCACAGUAAGUACCUGACUGAGUACUUUGCCUUCCUGUUGGAGUUUGCAAAGAUGGGAGAUGAGGAGUGUUUCUUCCUUAUUAACAGUAAUGCCAUCUCCACUAUGAUUGGUUUCUACAUGGGACAGAAGGCUCAGGAAAACUAUGUGGAGAUCCCAUCAGAUGAUGAGGAGGAUGAGGUGAUUACAAUCACUGAUGAUAACUAUAAGCCAAUGUCACUGGAAAAGAUGAUCACACUGAUAGCUCUACUGGUGGAGAAGUCUCGUAGCGAGGACAACCAGCUUCACAUUUCUGAUAAAGACUAUAACUCUGUUAUUGGAGGAAAGGGAUUCCCAUUCAUGUCCAACCAGAUCAGAGACAAUAUCAAUGUACGGCAGACCUGUAACCUCAUCUUCAGCCUGUGUCGUUGGAACGAGCAGCUAGCUGUAGCGAUUGUUACUAUGGUUUUCAGUGCUAUAAAGAAGCUGAGUAUUGAGCAUUCACAACCCUUCUUCAAAUUGAUGUCAAUGCUUGUGGAGUUUGGGGGAGGACCUCCAGGGCUGCCCCCCUUCACUCAGUAUGUCCUACAGAGAUUCUGGGAGCUGACCAAGAGCUGUCCACAGCCAUGUCUGGAGUGGAUGUCUACUCAAGUGACCAGGAACAAACUAGCCAGCCAUUGGCUGCUGAACCAGAUGGAGAGUUGGGUAGAGCCCUAUCUAAUAGCCAACAACAAUGUUAGAGUCAGAAAUGCCACCGCAUGUCUUCUUGUAUCCCUUGUGCCAAGCAACCACUUCCGCCAAACAUUUGUAGCCACACGUCGCAUCCUUAGUCCCCAGAAAGAAAUCUCAAUAUCAACAGAAGGUAUCGUUGUAUUACAUCAGAUCUUUAACCAUUUGUUAAAUCUCCUACAACGUGCCAAAGUGUAUGCGGACUCCCAGAGUCACGGCACAACUAAACUGCUGAGCUAUUUCACUGUACUGACCUACUGUCUCAUCACUAGGGAGGAAAAACUCAUGUUCUCCAGUUACUUCGGUGACCUAUGGCAGCUGUUCCAACCCCGGCUCUGUGAGCCUCAGAUCUCCAUGCACCACAACAAGCAGGCAUUGCUGUACUUCUGGUAUCAGGUGUGUCAGGACUGCCCUGAGAACAUCAAACUCAUCGUCACCAAUCCCCACGUCUGUAAACAGAUAGCGUACAACUACAUUCUAGCGGACCAUGAAGACCAGGAGGUCGUCAUGUUCAACAGGAUCAUGCUACCGUCGUACUACGGUCUGCUGCGGAUGUGUUGUCAGCAGUCUCGCUCCUUCACUCGAACUCUAGCCCAACACCAGAACAUCCAGUGGGCCUUCAAGAACAUAUCACCCUACCCAGCUCAGUACACUCAGGCUGUUGAAGAGUUGUUCAAGAUCAUGAAGAUGAUGGCCACAAAGUACCAAGACAGUACUGAGGAAGAAAUCCGCUCAGUCAAUCUCUUCAAGCGCAACAUGAUGCAGAUGUUCCUCAACUUUCUGGAUGCACGCUCCAUGUGGCAGACACUCAUUAGUGCAUUGAAGGUUCUGAUAGACACCACAGAUGACAGACUGUUGCUGAUAUAUCAACAGGGCCUCCAGAUGAUCACAGAGGCGUUCAACACACUACAUGUGAUGUACCACGAGGCCACAGCAUGUCAUGUGACUGGAGAUAUUGUUGACCUACUGUCCAUACUUCUGCCAGUCCUCAAGGUUGCCAGACAUUUCCAUGAAAAGAAAGGUUCCACGGCAGCUGAUGUGAAUACAGUGCUACAGAGUUGGAAAGACAGGAUGGAGUUUGUGAAGAAGUUAUUAACACUUCUAAACUCUUAUACACCUCCAGAGAUUCGCCACAUUUCCAUAGAGGUGUUGCGAGAGAUGAUCCUGACAUUCCAGAGCGAGUGUGUCCAUACUGUGGUCCCCAUACUUACCCAGGCACAUGUGGCCUUCCAGGAGAGUAACCUCCCAAUGACAAUGGGUCCAUAUUUUCCUCGGAGGGGGCAGAAACCGAUAGGUCCAAAGUCUAACAUUCGACCACCACGACCCCAGUUCAACAUGAUGUUACACUCCAGCCAGAUAGAAGCCACAAAGGGGGUAGAUGAUAUGUAUGACAACGCCUUGUUGGACUUCUUUUCACCUUAUCAUGCCCUGGUUGAUCUUCUGUGUCGUGUUGCUGUCAAUCAUCAGAGCCUCAAUGAGGCAAUCAUCAAUCUUAGUGCCAUGGUUGCUAUUGAGGGAGUACCUUUACACUCCCCAUACUUUGCCAAGCUGUGGUACGAGAUAUACCACUCGGAGGUGGACAGAAAUUGUAUCAAUAUCCUGUGCAAUAGUAACAUAUUUAUAGAGUAUGUGGAUUCGGUGCUACUGGAUGAGCGGCUCUCGCUCAGCAAUCACAAUAUCUACCAGUUCCUGUGCAAUUUCUUCCCAAAGGUAUUCCAACAGGUGCUAAACGAUCAAGGGAGAUCACUCUUGGACAGUCUGGUGGCAUCUGUGACAGCAGAAAAAGCUGCCGCUGAAAAUAUUAGAUCAGAAAGAGAUUUCCUAAACAUCUGCUAUAGAAUUAAUGGGGAUCUGCGUACUAUGCUCCUGAUAUUCUCAGUACAGCCUCCUAAGCAGCUGAACUCUCUCCUGGUGGAUAGUUUACAGUAUAUCCUCCAGGUGUGUCGCCAGCAUCAGCACCAGCGUGCAGCUGACACAUCACAGCGAUCUGUAACCCGCAAGCGUUCAGGCUCACAGGGUGACAGUGGGGAAGAGGAGGAGGCCACAGAGGAAAUAUCUGGUGAAACAUCUGCGAAGAAACAAAAAUUAUCUUGUGAAACAUCUGAAGAAUUGGUCAAGAAUUCUACUGAAUCUGAGAAAUCCACAUCAUUUACGUCUAAUGAGGAUCAGAGCUCUGGCAAGGUAGACAAUGAAUCAACCCAUGAAAAUGCCAUCUCUGAGGGUGCUAACCAGUCAAAAUCUGAUUCUAGUCAGUCAGAGUCUGCCGAGAAGUCAGAGUCUGCCGAGAUGUCGGAGUCCGAGUCUGCCGAGAAGUCGGAGUCCGAGUCUGCCGAGAAGGAGAAGUCAGAGUCUGCCGAGAAGGAGAAGUCCGAGUCUGCAGAGAAGAAGUCAGAGUCUGCAGAGCAGGAGAAGUCUGAGCCCUGUGCGGACAGCACAAAUAAGGAGGACAGUGACCAGGAUUCUGAUGUGGUGAUUGUGAUCCCGUCGGAGGAGGACAAACCUAUUGUGGACAACAAGUCUGAUGUUGAAAGUAAAUCUGAUACAGACAAUAAGUCUAGCAUAGAAAGCAAACUUGAUGUUGAAAGUAAAUCUGAUACAGACGAUAAGUCUAGCAUAGAAAGCAAACUUGAAACAGAGGAUGUCAUGGUUAAGGAACAAAAGACCGAGGAAAUCGAGAUACAAUCCAAGGAUCAGGAUGAGGCAAUGAAAGAUUGUGAGGAACCAGAGCCAGGUCCUUCUGGUCACUGUCGUAAUGACAGUCAAGAACCCUCAAGUGGCGAGUCACGACAGAGUUCCAGUGAUGAAAUGCCACGAUCACGAGAGCGCCCAACCAUUGUGGACUAUGUAGCCAAGCAUAUAGAGCAUAUCAUUUGCUCUUACGGAAAAGUGGUGAAGUGAAUAUAGGGUCAGUUGUUUAAGUCUUUCUUAUAUUCCUCAUAGCAUUACAGUAUGCUACUUUAAAAUAGGGCUAUGAUUUAUAUUUUCCAUUUUGGGAAGAUGCAUUGUCAAGCCAGUUUUUUCCUCUUGUGUAUGAGCAUUACUGUGUCUGUUCCUAGUGAAUCAGUAGAAUGUUUAAUUAUGAGCUUAGCAUUAUUUGCUGCCAGCAUCUGUUAUUCGAGAUAUGAAUGUGUUUGUUGGCGAGAUCAAAUGAGUAGUUGUAUCAGAUGUGAUACUGCUGUAAGUGUGAAUGUUUUAGUUGGUGUGAAAUGGCUGUCCUCAAAAGUCACUUGACUUGUAAAGCAUUGUUCCACUGCUAAGCUUGUCAGCUGUCUUUGUGAUUCAAGGUUGUGAGUUUACUGCGAGCUGUUAGUAUUUGUCACCAAGCUAUUUGCUGAAUAAUGUAUGGUGUAAAAAAAAAAUAUGCAUUUAUUUUGUGUCUGUUUGUCUGAUGUUAUCAGAUGUGAAUUCAUUCUCAGUGUACCACAUGCUACAACAUUUUCUACUUUCAUUCGGCUUGAGAUUAGUCCUACCGUCAGUAUUAUAAAGUGCACGAUUGAAUUUGCUUUCAUUUAUCAUGUUCCAUACAUUUUGACCUAUGAAUUAGAUAUGUAUAUUCGUGAAAAGUGGACAGGCCUACUGGUAAGCCUUGGAAAAGUCUUCCAAGGCAUAAAUUAAGUUUUACAUUUAAAGAAGAAAAGAGUACUUGUACUUGUUUGAAUUAAGUAUACACUCAUAAAUGUGUAUAUUACGUAAACUGUAUUAAAUAUUAGACAAGUUCUGUAAGUCUGUUCCAUAGAUCCAGCAGAUCAGCUAACAGCACUAUAGUGUCCCCAACUUUUUAGGGAAAGGGUUCUUAGAAGAAAGUCAAAAUUAAUAAGGAUGACUACUGAUUUGGUCAAAUGUGUUUUAGUUCAGACCAUUUGUAUGGUUGUUUCAUCAAAACCAAAAGUCCAUGUGCCUGAAAUUUUCAUCCCGGUCUGGAGCUUACCAAGUGCUCCAUUAGUCCGACUAGAUUUAUGGAAUACAUACUGGAGCUUGUUUUUUGGAUUGGCUAGUAAACUUCACCAGAUGAUAAACAUGUGAUGUUGUUGAUGCUUCUGCCGCAGACACUGUUAUGAUACCUUGUACAACCUUUUGUGAAAUAUGUUAAUUGUUGUUGCUGAAAGAUGCUGCGAAAAAAAUAAUGGAAGAUUUCUGUGUAUAAAAGUAACACUGUGAUGAAUGAAAUGUUACAUGUAAGCAAAAUUUAUGACAUAAAAAUGCAAAAUACUGCUUCAUGUACUGUAAAAGUAGAAUCGUUAUAUUUUCUUAUGAUUGUGCACUGUUCAGAUCUCCUUUGUGAAUUUUUAAAUAAUGCAUGACAUUAUGGUCCAUUAUCAGUGAUGCCUGUGUUCUUCUCAUUUUACCACCAAGUGGUUCAUAUCAGACUAGAGAUUUGUAUGCAUUAAGCGACUUGUGUUCCAGAGAAGAGUUGAUAUAUUAUGACCUACCAUGAGAAAGGGUUUGGUUUGAUAAACUGUUUAUAUGUAUUAAGCCUGGUACUAUAUUUUAUACUAUUUGUGUAUAAAUUAAUCCUGAUAACUUCCAAUGGCUAACUUGACAUCGUAAGGCACUCGCCAUGUGCUUAAGUUUUGAUAUUGUUGGUUUAGUCAGUUCAACUGUCAGAUAACACAAACGUCAGUUCUGAAGCUAGGUCAAACAACUGUCAGAUAACAAAAACGUCAGUUCUGAAGCUAGGUCAAACAACUGUCAGAUAACAUAAACGUCAGUUUUAAAGCUAGGUCAAACAACUGUCAGAUAACAUAAACGUCAGUUCUGAAGCUAGGUCAAAAUAUGUCCUGCAGUUUGCAUACCUAGUAAUGCCAAAACCGACACACUUUUAUCCAACCAGUACCCUUUGACAUGGCUGGUCAGAAGUAUGGUAGCUAAUUGCUAGAUCUAUGUAUGAAGCGUGGAUUUGUCGAGUUAUUCUGACUUCUGGAUACAGCUAUUCAUCAGUAAGGUUGGUGUUGUGAGCGUAGAAGAGUGUGUGGUAUGUAUGGUGAUGUACCAAAGAACAAUGAUCCUUGACCAAACUACAGUCUGUAUAAUACUUUGUUUUUAUUUAUAAUUGUCACUGCAAUCGCUUCCAUACUUACUGUGCUGGUGAUAAUUCAUAUAGAAACAUCUUUUUUGAACAAAGAAUAAAAAAAGUCAUCAGUAUUUUCAAUCUUUGGUUUUGUGUUUACUGCACUGAGUUUUUAAAGAUUUUACCACGAAACACAGUUGUAAGCAGAAUAUUUACCCAUGUACCUAUGUCAUGUGAAUCUAAGGUACCUGGUAAUAAGAAUACGGAAGAGAUCAAAUAUUAUCUGGUAUGAAGAACUUGUUCAACAUUACAGGUGUUCUUUGGCACGAUUUUGAAAGAAAUCAGGUGUCCUUGGGCACCAUUUUGAAAGAGAUGAAAUGUCUUUCCACAUACAUCAAGAACAAUGUUCCACCAUUACUUGAUGAGGAAAAAAUUACAAACUGAAACCUUUCAAACUUAGUUCCCAGAAGAUCUUGCAUCAUAAAUAUUGUUUGGUGAAUUUUUUCAUACAAAGUCUAGAAAAUGCUAUUUUUGCUCUUAGGGCUGUCACAAUAAUUUUGAAUAAUGGAAAACAGACUUGUUUCAAUACGCAUUAAUAUUGUAUCACAUGGCAAUAUAAAAAUAAAAUAUUGCUACUAUGGAAAAAAUGUUUUCAAAGUCUGAUGUUCUAACUAUGCAGAUCUACUACAAGUCGGCUGAUAACAAUUUAACAGGCUUUUACCAGCUAGUGGUGGAAAUCGUUUGAAAUUUCACAUUUGAUGAUGGGCUCGAUGAAAAUCUAAAUCUCUGUAUACACAUAAACCUUCUUCAAUAUGAUACAUAAUUUUUAGCUUGCCUGGUCC